AUGCAACCAAAGAAGUCUGUAAGCUUUGAAGCUCUGAAAACAAACCUGCCAGCUCACCUUGCUGGCUCUCAUCAACAAGAUGAUCCUGAGUUACAUUGUGAGACAUGCCAUGAUAGCUGCAUGGAAUGCAAAGGGCCUGGGCCGAACAACUGUACUGUGUGUCCUGCUAGCUUAAUGCUAUACAUAGAAGAUGGCCGCUGCAUUAAAUGCUGCAAGUCUGAUGAGGAAGCACAGCCAACAGAUUGUUGUAUCUGCACUGAAACACUAGAAGACUGUGUUCUAAGGAAGGGAUUCCCUCCUGUCAUGCGUGAUGGCCAGGGCAAGCCUGUAGUCUUUGCUAUAACCUCAGUCCUUCUUAUCAUCUGCGUGGGAGUUAUUGUGGCUCUCUGUGUGCGGUCACGAACCAAACCCAAGAUAGUAGAUCGAGCCAAAUAUGAGAAACUGCCCAACAGUGUUGGAGCAUCUGCAUCAAGUGAGACAAGCAGACAGAACUUCAGCUUCCGGGAAAAUCUUGUACUGGAGUACAAGGAUCGAGAAAAUGAAGACGAGGAGGAGGAUGAUGACAUUGUGUAUAUGGGCCAAGAUGGCACUGUUUAUCGUAGAUUUAAAUAUGGACUUCUGGAUGAAGAAGAUGAAGAUGAACUAGAAUAUGAUGAUGAGAGUUACUCAUUUAAAUAACACAUUUCUAGUAUUCCUCAAUAUUUUCAUGUUUCUUCUUGCAUACAAAUGUUGGUUUUCCAUUUAUUCUCCUAGAUGUGUCUAAAUUAUGUUAAUAGUGAAAGUGGAUUACAUAAACUGAACUUCUAAAAAGUAUUUGAACUGCAAUAUUACUUACUGUUCUUGAACCAGUAAAAGGAAUAAUACAAAUGUGUGGGCUCUAUGAAAAGGAAAAUAUAUUUUUCUUUGUGUUAUAGUUAAGUAAGCAGUAAUAAGUGUGAAUGCUUUACUAACUAGGACCUGUUUAAAACUUGAUGUUCAUAUGCACUAGGAAGAUACACUGCCUCUUAAGGUAAGACACGGGGUACACUCCAGAACAUGUGCUCAUUUAUUUAGGUAAUCAACCCCCCCCAAAUCCAGACAGACUAUUAAUGUAACGUUAAAACAUGCACAUAUGUGCAGUUGCCACUUGUACCCCUAAGAUGUGCAGGUGUGGAUAUUAAAUGAAGGUCAAUUAUUUUAGGGUCCAUUGUCCAACACGGGCUUGCUGCUUUAUCUUUUAGGAAAUUGCAAACCAAGUUAAAGGGAGGCUAUCUGUGUGAUAGUGAUAUUGUUAUACAUAAUGUGUCCAGACCAUGCAUUUGUGCAAACCUACUACUUGUUUGCAGUGUACAUGUACAUUUUGGUUUACUCCCAUAAGCUACACUGUCAGACAUAACUUUACAGUGAUGUGCCUAUUUUGCUCAUUUGUAUUAAGGUGGGCUCAGGCUUCAAAGGGUUGUGAAUAUCCACUCCUUCAAAGAAACCCUGAGCCAACCAUUAUGCAUUCUGGAGCCUGAGACACAAACAGCUGUUAUCUUAAGUACAUCCAAUGAGACAGUCAGUGUUAUGGGUUCUGCAGUUAUGAUCUACACUCUGAACAGUAUAAUCAAUUGAUGCAGAGGGUUAAGGCUGUGUGCUGUAGUUCCUCUGGAACAGGGUUUGAAUCUCCCAGCCCUCAUCUCCUACUUUGUGACCUUCAGCAAGUCACUUAACCAGAGAUUGCUCCGGGUUGCCCCUGAAAAUGAACUGUAUGUCCAGUGGGUCUACAAGGUUAAAUAUUAAUGGAUAUUACCAGUAAUAUUUAUAUGAUGGCUAAGCCAUAAACCGAUACUGCACUCUUUUUGAGUAGCAGCUUCUGUUUUGCCUAUCAUAUCCUCAUCAUUAUCCUUGGUGUCCCUUGUAAUACUGUGAACAUUUUUUCUUCCUUGAAAUAAUAAACUACACUAUGAAUGUACACAUUUAUAAAAAGAAAUGUAAAUGAGUCUGUUUUGAAAGUGAAUAGUUUGGAAUACAAGGUUUGUAGACAGUGUCCCAGGUUAUUUUGGCAGUUUUAUGACAUAAUGUGACAUCCUUCAGUAAUUUACUGAUUUUCAACUAAAUUCUCCAUGAAAAACAUGACUAAUAUUUAGCAGCAAUGCACAUCAGGCGUGUAACUUAAAUGCAAACUUAUCUCAAGUCCUUAUAAUAUUCAAACCUGUUAAUUUUGGGUUACUAACCUGUGUCAUCCAUCUGCUCAGUUUAGGAAGUUUAGUAAUGCUAUGGAGCCCCUAAGAAUCAGCAUGAAGUGUUUUGUUCAUAGGUUGUUACUAGGCUAACAACCACUAGAGACCUUACAACCCUAGCCAUACACCCCAAACCAUUUGGGUCCUCAGUAAAGCAGAUGGGCAUGUUAGUAGGGAGGUAACUAAGUUCAAGGAUUUGUAAGGGAGUUUUUAGGAUAAUACUUUUCUUAUUGACAGGCUCUGUACAUAAGUGACAUGGGGGCAAGACCUUUGGUAAAUCUACGAUUUCCCAUCCAAUUGUCAAGAUUUCAGUGAAUAUGGUGAGGGAUGAACUGUGUUUUACAUGGAUUGGGAGCCUAUUCUAUAGUGCAGGGAUCCUUUGGGAUACAUAUCUGUCUCUCCAGCAUGUUCUGUUUAUGU